GCUAUGGAGGAUGGAGGCGACAUCAUGUCUGUGAAGGAAGCGCUGAAGGCUACUUUGAAGGGGGUGGGCCACGACUUUACCGACGCCCUGCUUGACACCACGUUUGCGGCCGGAUCAAAAUUUGAUGCAAUGCAAGCCGCCAUCCUUGAAGGCGGUAUUGAGGGUGUUGCCGCGCUGGGAGAGGAGCUCAAGCCUGUUCUGGAGCCGCUGGCGUGCCUGACAGGUGAAGCGGAGUGCCCAGCACUUCUCGACCUCGGAGUGAGCAAUGCCAACUCCGUGCUUACUUUCGCGCGGACGGCCGUGCGGCUGAGUGGACUCUUUCCCGGAACAGCGAGCUGGGCAAUCCGCAACAGAAACGACGUCAAGGGGGCUGAUUUCGUGAAGGGUCUCGCGAUUGACUCGACUCGCUGGGUAAGCGAGGGCGACUUGGUUCCGUCGGUUCCUUCUACAUCCAUGGGAUACGAGCACGUGGGCACGCGCGUGAUCAACCUCAAAUGGAAAGGCGCGUGGUGGGCAAAUACCCCCAACCCGUUCAAGUAUGAGACUGAUACCGAUUUCACGCCGAGAGUGUCCAACUUGUGCGAGUACAGGAACGAGAUCGGCACGGCUCUUAGCUUUGUCCCUGUGAUCGGCUCCUUGGGUCAAUUUGCUUCGAUGGCGCUGUGCGCCGCCGCUGCGGCAAUCAAUUCCUUCGUCGGGAACGGCUACCAUCUUUUGUUUACGACAAUGGUACGGAUCAAGCAGGCAAUCGUGUAUCCAGACGGUCUCCCCGACUUGUCCCGCCAUUGCGAAGAACACAUUGAUUGCGAAUCGCGCACAUGUUACUGGAGUUACGACGGAGAGGACUACCAGUGCUGUCGUGCAGGAGAGUACGCGUUCUCGUUUUCCUGGGGCACAAACUACUGCAGUAACUAGACGACUAAUCUCGGAGCACCUGUCGAGCCUACUACUGCCCGACGACGACCGCGGGAAAUAUGAUGCGGACUGGGAAGAUGUGUAUUAAGACGAUAGCGAACGACCCUGGGGCCGAAGUCAAUAGCGAAUCAACAAUCGGUGCGAGUCCGGCAUACGCGCAGGGAAAACGAGUGCGCGGCCCCAGGCUACUGGAAAAGGUAAGACGAUACGAGAGCCCUUCACAGGCCUAAGUCCACGGCGCCAGAACUCAGUGGCAAAAACACCCACUGGCGACCCACCGUGGCAGCGAGGAUUCCCGGACUACUGGUAAGGUAAGCGGUAAUGCAGCGCAAUACGAGCUGGCGGCGCGACGGAAAACGAAUGGACUCUCUCUAACCCGCGACUCUAGCCCUUCACAGGCGUAAGUCCACGGCGCCAGAACUCAGUGGCAAAAACACCCACUCACUGGCGACCCACCGGGGCAGCGGCGGUGU